AUGUCAAAUGAUGAACAACGUUUACAAUUAUUACAAACACUUCGAUAUAAAUUAUCUUAUUAUAAUCUUAAUUGGUUAGAUAUAAAAAAUAUAAUUAAUUUAUUUUCAAAAAAAGAUUAUAUACGUUUUGAUAUAUUAAAAUUUCUUCUUACAUAUAUAAAUAAUUUAAUAAAUAAAAUAUCUAUUGAUGAUUUUAUUUAUUUAUCUAAUCAAUGUACAAAUAAUAAUGAACAAAUAAAAUUUUAUUUAUUUGAAUUAUUAUAUAAAAAAUUAAAUAUAGAUAAUAAUAAUGAUAUUCAACGUAUAAUUAAUUUAUUUCAAACAAUAAAUAUAAGACAAAAAAUUGAAACUAAUAUACAAUCGAAUUUAAUUAUAAAAAAUAAAUUUGAAGUUGAUGAUCAACAUUUAUCAUCUCAUAAAAUGAUUUCAUAUUCAGAACAAACUAUAGUAAAUAAUAUACUUUCACCAACAUUAUCAUUUGUUCAAGAAUUAUUUCAUGCACCAUUAAAACGUACAUAUUCAUAUGAUAAUAAAUAUCAAAAUUAUUAUUGUCAUCAAAUAAUUACACCAUUAUUAAUUAAACAACAAGAUGAAUUUGUACAAGAACAAGAUUUAUUAUCAUCAAAUUCAUCACUUUCAUCAAUAAGUAAUGAAAAUAUACCUAUACGUACACGUUCAUUUAUGAUUGCUAUCAAGAAUACAUUUGAACGUUUAAAAGAAACAUCAAGUUGA